CAUUGCUCCUGGUACACAAUUGGAGAAAAUGAAUACUUCCUGAGAUAACUGAAAACGCCGACACGUAGAUAAAAGCCUUGACGAUUUAAUCGUUCAUGUCGUCGCUCUCCUCUUUAAUUCCCUCACCUGCCAACCUCAACUUCCCCUCCACUUUCCUCAUAAAUACAUCUUCUUCUUCUUCUUCUUCUUCAUCACCCCCGUCCUUAACCUUUUUAUCUCCCCUCACUCAAACAUGCAGCUCUUUCAACUCUCACCAUUUCUCUUUCUUUCGCUUGCUGCUGCUUCUUAUGUCAGCUCUGAUACAAGUGUCUUCCCCUCUGAGUGCUUAAAGGUUCCAACUUCCACAUUCAUCACCUCUUUGCAGACCACCAUUACCGUCAUGCGACACACCACUCCUAUCAUUUCUCAGUUUGCUAAUUUGUUAGGAGAUUUUCGGCUCAAAAAUGCUGUAACGGAUUGUCUUGACUUGCUUGAUUUCUCCAUUGAUGAGCUCGACUGGUCCGCCUCUGCUUCUCAAAAUCCUAAUGAAAAACACAACAGUAGCGGUGAUCUAAGUUCAGAUUUGAGAACAUGGUUAAGUGCUGCACUGGCUAAUCAGGAGACCUGCAAGGACGGAUUUGAAGGCACAAAUGGCCUCGUCAAAGGCGUGGUGGAAGGAAGCGUUGAUCAAAUCUCUUCAUUGGUUCAGGAACUUCUAACAAUGGUGCAUCCCAUCUCUAGUGGCCAGAAUGGAAGCAAAGCUAACGGUGGAAGCGGCCGUGGCGGUGGCAAAUCCGAGCGGAAGUUCACACAAAACAGCCAAUUUCCCUACUGGUUUAAACGUGAGGACAGAAAAUUAUUGCUAGUAAAUGGGGUUCAAGCUGAUGCCGUAGUAGCAGCAGAUGGGAGUGGAAAUCAUACUAGUAUAAUGGAGGCAGUGAUGGCAGCACCUGAUUAUAGUAUGAAAAGAUAUGUAAUCUAUAUUAAAAGAGGUAUAUAUAAAGAGUACGUGGAGAUCAAGAAGAAGAAAUGGAACCUCAUGAUCUUUGGAGAUGGAAUUGACGCCACAAUUAUUUCUGGGAAUAGAAGUUUCAUCGACGGCUGGACCACCUUUAGGAGUGCCACCUUCGCUGUAAGUGGAAGAGGAUUCAUAGCACGAGACAUAACGUUCGAGAACACAGCAGGACCUGAGAAACACCAAGCUGUAGCACUGCGAUCAGACUCCGAUCUCUCUGUAUUUUAUCGAUGUGCAAUUAAAGGUUACCAAGACUCCCUCUAUACGCACACAAUGCGCCAAUUCUUCCGCGAAUGCAAAAUCAGUGGCACAGUUGAUUUCAUUUUUGGCGACGGCACUGUGGUGUUCCAAAACUGCCAAAUUCUGGCUAAAAGAGGCCUGCCGGAUCAAAAGAACACCAUAACCGCACAAGGCCGCAAGGACCCGAAUCAGCCAACAGGUUUCUCCAUCCAAUUCUGCAACAUCACCGCUGAUUCUGACCUCUUACCAAACGUGAAUUCAACCGCAACGUACCUUGGCCGACCCUGGAAGCUGUAUUCAAGGACCAUUUUCAUGCAGAAUUAUAUGAGCAAUAUCAUAAGGCCAGAAGGAUGGCUGGAGAUGAACAAUGAUUUUGCUUUGGACACAUUGUAUUAUGCGGAGUAUAUGAAUUAUGGGCAGGGGGCUGGCCUGUCUAGCAGAGUCAACUGGCCCGGUCAUCAUGUUCUGAAUGGUACAGGUGAAGCAAAUAAUUUUACGGUGGCGCAAUUUCUUGAAGGAAACUUGUGGUUGCCACCAACUGGUGUUAAAUACACAGCAGGCUUGGUUGUGUAAACAGAAAAUGUACCAUUUUCUUGUAUUUUUACUUAAACUGGUAUGAAGCAGCAGCUGCGGUGGAAUUACUGUAAGUUGAAAUAAUUUACCUUCAUUUUUUGUCGAAGAAAAUUUGAUUUGUUCCGCUGGAGAUAUUUAUCACUUUAUUUGUAUAGACAGAACUAUUAAUUUACCAUUUUUAUGCAACUAGUGAAGAUUUUGAGCUUGGCUUA